AUGGCCGUGAGCGAGUCCCCCGUCACGCCUACAGAACUGAUCCAACACCUCCUCACGCUCGCCACGCUCGAACACGAGCACGAGGCCACGUCCACCUCGAUCGUGCACUCGUCCUGCUCGCUCGCGCAACUCGUCGACGCCGGCGUAGCGAUCGCCAACCUCCGACCGGUCAAGACGACCAUCGGCUUGGGAGCGAGGACCCUGGUGCACCUCGAGAUCAAUCCGGCGCAUUCGAGUCAGGCCGAGCUGCAGUGCGGGGAGGUCAGGAAUGGCGAUUGGGUCAAGUUGGUCGACGCGAGUGGGGCAGCGUCUACGAGUCAAGGCAGAGGCAAGGCGAAAGCAAAACUCAACACGAGUGUCCUGAGUCAGCAAGAGGGCAUAGAAGGUGUCGUGUGGAAGGUACAACUCGAUCGGAUCGUCGUCGCGCUCGGCAAACCACCGGCACCGGGGAAUCGAUCCGGCUCGGGCUCAGCUGCCAAUGACACCAACGACGAUAUCCAAGUCCCUUUCAACACUCAUCUGUGAGUUCACUUUUCGGGAAACGAUCGUGGAACCCCGAGACUGAUCCCACCGUAUGCCACAGUCUCAAGCUGUCCAAUCCGCCAACUUUUCACCGCCAACGCUCGGCCUUGCAAAAAGUGCUCCUCCUCCUCAACUCGCACAAGCCACUCCGGCCCCUCGUCUCCAUACUCCUCGGAUUAGCCAAACCCGCUCCACCUUCUGAGCCCAUACCGCCUCUGACGUAUUACGACGAUCGACUGAACGAGUCCCAGAAAGAGGCGAUCGAGUUUUCGCUGAGAGGGAGUGAACAUUUGGCACUGAUCUGGGGUCCACCGGGGACAGGAAAGACGCAGACGUUGGUGGAGAUAAUACGACAGUUGGUCGCGAGGGAUCAGAGAGUUUUGGUGGUGGGUGGGAGUAAUUUGUCCGGUACGUUCCUUCGAGCCAAUGUCUCCGAUCUCGAGCGCCAAAACUCAUCCAGCUCAUUUUCUACCGGGGAAAACAGUCGACAACGUCCUCCAACGCCUCUCUAUACCCACCUCUUCCUACCCCAACCCCAUCCCUCUAACUCGUCUAGGCCACCCCGCGCGAGUCCUCAACACGCUAACACCCUACACCCUCGAUUCCCAAGUAUCCUCCUCCUCCGCCUCCGAAAUCAACGCCGACCUCAAAGACGAAUUGGAACACCUUGAGAAUCGAUUGAGGAAUGCGAAUGGGAAGGAUAGGAUCAGGGGUAGUGAGAGGAAAAAGAAGUGGGAAGAGGUGAGGGGUUUGAGGAGGGAUUAUGCAAAGAGGGAAGGAGGGGUCGUUAAGGAGGUGUUGGGGAGGGCUAAAGUCGUUUUGGCGACGACGCAUGGGUCAGUGAGCCAAGUGUGGAUACGGUGAGCAGAGAUUGACUAGUGAUGGUCAGCCGGUGCAUGCAGAGCCGGAGGAAGGAACCUAGACGGCUACAUCUUCGACUCCGUCAUCAUCGACGAAGCCGCUCAAGUCGUCGAACCUUCAAGCUGGAUACCGAUACUCAAAGGCAACAAGUUGAUCCUGGUCAGUACAGGCGACUCGCAUUCACUUGGAAGGAGGGUUCAUGUGUUGAACUUUUUCUCGUUGGAUAGGCGGGUGAUGAUUGUCAAUUGCCGCCGACGAUCAAGAGUCUUAAUUCGAAGGAGAAGGGAUCCCAUCCGGAAAAAAAGGGGCUUAAGCCAAAAUCGAAAGAAGGCGCGACGGACGGGGUAGCGGGUACAACGACUGACGUUCAAGUCGAGAAGCGCUCUUCGGAGGAACCCAGGUCGACAGCAGCCGAACCCGUCAAAGCUGAGAACCUCCCUUCUCCCAAGACGGAGGAAGGGGCUGAACCUAUAUCCGCUCCGCGGGAAUCUGAGUUUACCGCCACUUCAACACCGUCAGAUCCAGAGAUCCUACCGACAGCCUCUACAGAGGAGACGGCCCCCGUCCCAGCCGACUCUAUCCCACCCUCACCUCCGCCACCCGAACGACCCCAACUAGUCCCUCUCUCCCUCUCCCCCGACCUCUCCCUAACCCUUUUCUCCCGUCUUCUAAACCUUCACGGCCCCUCGAUUCGACGCAUGCUCAACGUCCAAUACCGCUUCAACAAGACCAUAAACACAUUCCCCUCUCAAAAGCUCUACGACUCCAGACUCGUUCCUUCACCUUUAGUUGAGAAUUGUACUCUACUUGAUCUCUUUGAGGAUAAGAAGGGGAAGGAUGAGGAUCUGAGUGAACAGGUCGUGUUUUGGGAUACGGCCGGUUUGGACAUGUUUGAGAGGGAGGAUAAGGAGAGUCGGAGGAAUGAGAAUGAGGCGCAGAUUUGUGCAGAGUAUGUGAGGUUCUUGGUGAGUGCUCUUUGAGUGUUACAACUGGAUCGUCCUUCUGUGCUCGGACUUCUGACAACCCUUGUCUUAUGAAUGUUCGUAGAUCGAUCAAGGCAUCAAAGAAUCGCAAAUGACUUUGAUCUCACCUUACAACGCCCAAGUCGCGCUUCUAGCCCAAACGCUUCACCCCGAAUGGCCGACCCUCGAGAUCGGUUCGAUCGACGGAAUGCAAGGUCGUGAAAACGAGGUCGUCAUCAUCUCCUUGGUUAGGUCGAACCAGAAGGGAGAAGUGGGGUUCUUGAAUGAUCAGAGGAGGUUGAAUGUGUGAGUUAGUGUGGGGAGCGUAGGUACUCGAAUCCAAAGGGGAUGCGCUGACGAUGGCUUUCACUCCUGUCCAGCGCCAUGACUCGACCUAAACGACAGCUCGUCGUCGUUGGCGAUUCAGCAACGGUCAAGAAAGGCUCGACGUAUCUCAAAGAUUGGAUGGAAUGGUUAGAAGAGAAUGCGCUCGUCAAGAUACCGGAAUGA